CUAGCUUUCGAGGAUGAUGUGCGAUCCCCGCCUGGGCUGUCCUCCACCAGUGGAGCGGCUCUAUGGUUAUGUGCCAAAUGCCUCCGACGUUUCGUACCUCACAACAGUGAGCUUGCGUCGGCACCCUUUCUACCCAAAGGGCCUUCUCCACCGAACCACCAGCUCUCGAGGAUUUCCAGAGGAGCGAGUGAGAAACUUUAGUAUCGUAGCUCACGUGGACCAUGGGAAGAGCACACUAGCUGACAGACUCCUUGAGACCACUGGUGUGAUAGAAGAAGGGAGGCAGGUGCUGGACCAUCUGCCAGUGGAGAGGGAGAGGGGGAUAACAGUCAAGGCCCAGUCUGCCUCUAUGGUCCACCUCCACAGGGGACACAGAUAUCUCCUCAACCUCAUUGACACACCUGGUCACGUGACUUCAGCUACGAAGUGUCUCGCUCUCUGGCAGCCUCUCAGGGAGUUGUGCUACUGGUGGAUGCUCAACAGGGUGUUCAAGCUCAAACUGUGGCUAAUUUCUUGCUCUCCUUUGAGGCAAACCUCUCAAUUAUUCCUGUCAUCAACAAGAUUGAUCUUCCUCUCGCCAACAUUGAGAGAGUCAAUGAGCAGUUACACAACGUCUUUGGAUUCAGUCCUGAAGAGGGCAUACAGAUAUCAGCUAAACAUGGGACUGGAAUAGACAAAGUGCUUUCCGCAAUCAUUGAAAAGAUUCCAAGCCCUUCUGGAUCACGGGACAAACCUCUCUGUGUACUGCUGUUUGACAGCUGGUGAGUCAUGUGAGAUACAUACAGUAACGUGUGUGGGCGGGAUUAAUGACGCUGGUGUUGGUGUGUGUGUGUGCAGGUAUGACCACUAUAGAGGAGUCGUGUGCGUCGUGGCAGUCAAAGAUGGCAGCAUUGGAGUAGGAGAUGAGGUGUCAUCCUAUCAUACUGGACUCAGUUAUGAGGUGGCAGAGGUGGGCUUACUGCAGACUAAGAGAGUACCCAUCCCCAGACUGUACAGUGGGCAGGUUGGCUACGUCCUGCUGGGAAUGAGGAAUUCCACAGAGGCUCAUGUUGGAGAUACCUUCUACCACACCGGGUCAAAGGUCACUCCAUUGCCUGGCUUCAUAGCUGCUAAACCAAUGGUAUUUGCAGGGUUCUACCCCAUGGACCAGUCAGAGUACCCAGUGCUGCGGACGGCCCUGGAGAAACUGACCCUCAAUGACAGCAGUGUGUCUGUGUUCCAGGACUCCAGCGUGGCUCUGGGCCAGGGCUGGAGACUGGGGUUCCUGGGGCUGCUACACAUGGACGUCUUCAGGCAGAGACUGGAGGAGGAAUUUGAUGCCUCCAUUCUGGUGACAACUCCCAGUGUUCCCUACAAAGUUGUGUUCAGAGACGGAUCGGAACAGACAUUUCUUAACCCUGCACAGUUCCCAGAGGAGGUUUACACAGUGGAGGAGUUCAGAGAGCCAGUGGUCCUGGGGACUCUGGUGACUCCUGAUGAACACCUCGGAAAACUCCUCUCCCUCUGUCAGGAUCGCCGUGGGGUUCAGCAGGAGCUAGUGUACAUGGACCAGAGCAAAGUCCUGCUCAAGUACACUCUCCCUCUCAGUGAGGUGGUCAUUGAUUUCAAUGACCAGGUCAAGUCCCUCUCCUCGGGAUAUGCCAGUUUUGAUUAUGAAGAGCAUGGAUAUGAACCAGCUCCUCUGGUGAAGCUGGAUGUCAUGUUGAAUGGUCGUGUGGUGGAUGCUCUGGCCUCGGUGGUACACAGGGACAAGGCCUACUCAACUGGCAAGACCAUCUGUGGGAAACUCAAAGACAACAUCCACAGGCAGUUGUUCGAAGUGGCGAUUCAGGCCGCCAUUGGGAAGAGGAUCAUUGCCAGAGAGACAGUGAAGGCUCUCAGAAAGAACGUUACUGCAAAAUGUUAUGGAGGUGACAUAACAAGGAAGAUGAAGCUACUGAGAAAGCAAAAGGAGGGGAAGAAGAAAAUGAAACAGAUUGGAAAUGUAGAACUUAGCAAAGAUGCAUUUUUGUCUGUUAUUCAGAGAUAGUGCUCUUAGUACAAGCAUGCACUUCCUGUGUGUAUUGCACGCAUGUGCACAUGUCUGUGUACCUUCUUGUCUGUCACUCAGAGAUUUAUAUAUACUGUUUUUUGGCAUCAAGUCAUUAUUUUCUGUUGGUUCUGCUGGGCUC